AUGGCGGUAAAUCAGAGCUUAAGAACUAUAUUAGGCUUAAAACCAUUUUCGAGAUCUUUGUUCUUCUCUCAAUCGAGUUUAUUAAAGAGAACUUUUCGCAAACAACUUCAGAUCGGCAAUUAUGGGGAAUACAUCGUGACACGAAGGUUCUUAAGCAGUUUGUAUGCUAGUGGAGUCAAUGUUGGUGAGGAGCGGUCUGGAGUUCCAGUGAUUGAUUUGAGAAGUGACACAGUGACUAAACCCACUGUUGAAAUGAGGGCUGCAAUGUCUACCGCACAAGUUGGCGACGAUGUUUAUGGAGAAGAUCCGACAGUGAAUAAACUACAGGCCAAGGCAGCAGAUCUGACUGGUAAAGAAGCUGCCCUAUUUGUACCCAGUGGAACAAUGGGGAAUUUGAUAUCAGUAAUGGGGCACUGUCCUGGUCGAGGAGAUGAGAUACUUGUUGGUGACAUGGCUCACAUCAUAUUAUGGGAGCAGGGUGGAGUCGCACAAUUGGCUGGUGUUCAUUCAAGGCAGGUGAACACUAAUGUUGAUGGUACAUUGGACUUGGCAGACGUAGAGAAAAAAGUGCGUUCACAAGGAGAUGCACAUCUGCCAUCCAGCCGUUUGAUUUGUGUUGAACAGACACAUAAUGCUAGCGGAGGCAGGGUGUUGUCAUUGAAAUAUUUACAAAAGCUAAAAGAUGUUGCUGCAAAACACAACCUUAAGGUUCAUAUGGAUGGUGCAAGACUCUUCAAUGCUGCUACAGCCCUUGGUGUUCCUGUGGCACAGGUCACUAAGCAUGUUGAUUCUGUCACUUUCUGUCUUUCAAAGGGUCUGGGGGCUCCUGUUGGCUCAGUAAUAACUGGAGAUAAAGAUUUCAUUUCAAGGUGCCUGCGUCACAGGAAAGUUCUUGGGGGUGGAAUGAGACAAGCUGGUGUAUUAGCUGCUGCAGGGAUUUAUGCAUUAGAUAACAUAGUUCCAACACUUAAAAGAGACCAUGCUAAUGCACAGAUUUUUGCUAAAGGAAUUCACGAAAUGAAAGAUCUUGGACUGGAUGUAGAUCUUAAGAGCGUGGAGACCAACAUGGUGUACUUCAGUGUCAACCAUCCCACAAUCUCACCCAUAGAACUUUCUAAACGCAUGCUCAUGGUAUCUGAUGACGAACCAACGGAAACAAGAAGAGCAGUUAGAAUUUUGACCGCUCGAACUGGAACAAUACGAGUGGUUCUUCAUCACCAGGUGUCUGAGGAUGAUGUUUAUGUGACUUUACAAAAAAUGAAGUACAUUUUAACCUCGUGAUGCGUGAUGCGUGAUGCGUGAUGCCUAGGGCGAAACGCAUUCAAAAAUGAAAAAAGAGAGAUAUAUGUCCGCGUGAGUCACAUACUCCAUAAAUCGCCACCUUUGGAGAAUUAAGGUGUAAGUCGUUUACUAGCAAAACGGAAAUAACCAGGAAGUAUGAUGAACUUGGGGAGUUGGUGGUUUGACUUUAGUGUGUAAUGCUUUUCACGUUUUUGCUCACCCUUUUUCAAGGGUUAAGGGAGAGUACGCAGGGGCGUCCAGUAUUGGCGCAGUAUUGGCGAACAUACAUCAACUUUAUAUAGAGGUAUCUAUGGCAAUCCCGCUUUAUCAUUAAGUAAUCAUUCUCCUUGUUGAGAUAACUUCUUCUGAAACCAGAUGGGUUCAGAUAAUUCGAGACGAUUCAACAAACCCAAUAAACCAUCCUGGAGCGAUGAAGUAUGAAAUAAUAAUCAAAAUAAGAAAGGUUGAGCUAAUCUCGCGAGUCGUCCCUGCAAGUGACGAGAGCAAACAAAUCAUCGAUAAGCAAUUACUGGUAACACACGACACGGAGUAAGAAAAACCCGACUGCAGUAUAAACUUCAAUGCGAAAGUGCAUUGGAGCUUCAACUUAGUUAAUGCAACUACUAAAAUACUACCUCAAAUGUAUUAAAAAACAUUCCCUUACAUUGAAUGCUCGGAAAGUGUUUUUUAAGAUAGGAAAGAGGAAGUUUUGUUGGGUGAAAACGUACGCAUCAUAUUUAGAAUUUCAAUCACAUGGCAGUUUUCAACAGUAAAAAAGAUGUACCAGAAAGUAAAACUGCGCAGCUGUAGUUAAAUCUUAAGCGGGUGUCAAUUUCUGAGUGCGUCUACCGUCACAUCUCGACUUCAGCAUAGCACAUAUGAGAAGUGUUGAGUUCCAAAUGAAAACUUCACUAAUUUGCCGUCGGGGUUCCGUUUUCAGACCGCACAAAUUUCGAUUACUUCACGUCAUUGUUUAGCUGAGGACUGCUGAAAAAUGUACAAGGUUUCAAAACGCACGUGCUGAGGUAUAGUUUUGCAACGUUAUCGGAUUCUCCUAGGCACCUAUGUAUUUUAAUAACCAGGAUUAUUUUGUCUCUCAAAGGUUUUACAUGAAUUUAUUCGAAUUAAAACCGGUUGCAUAUCAUGCAACAAUUUUGUAAGACGUAA